AUUUUAAAGAACAUCAAGUCCCAUGAUUCCAAAAGAAUGCGUUGUGCGCAUGCGCGCGUGUCAUUUGGCACGUAAACAAGCAACAGGAAGUACAGCUAUUACAUUCAUCUCAUCAGUGAAAUGGUAAGGCGACUUGUUAAAGUCCAAACAGCCAAUCCCUGGGCAGCGUGCUGAAAGCAGCCAAUAGCAGGGCACCGCAGAGAUGACGGAGUGUUUCCUCCCACCCACCAGCAGCCCUGCGGAGCAAAGGAGGGCCGAUCACCCUGGCGGAGUGGCUCGUACCCCGAGCUCCGAAGAAAUCAGCCCAAUUAAGUUCCCGGGUCUGUAUCGUACGGGCGACCCCUCACCCCCCCACGACGGACACCAUCAUGAGCCGCCAGAUGCAGCGUCCGAUGAUGACAAGGAGCACAACAAGAAGAAGAACAAGUUCAAGAAAAAAGAGAAACGCACUGAGGGAUACGCUGCUUUUCAGGAGGACAGUUCUGCCGAUGAGGCAGAGAGUCCGUCCAAGAUGAAGCGUUCCAAAGGCAUCCACGUCUUCAAGAAACCCAGUUUCUCCAAGAAGAAAGAGAAGGAUUUCAAAGUGAAGGAGAAAGGUCCGAAGGAGGAAAAGGCCAAGGACAAGAAGUCUAAAGACCUGACGGCAGCGGACGUCGUGAAACAGUGGAAAGAAAAGAAAAAGAAGAAGAAGCCCACCACCGAACCCGAACCUGUUACUACUGAAGCGGUGCCGAUGACGCCCAGGCCGAUCUUCGGAGCACCUUUAGGAGAAGCGGUGAGGAGAACAGCGCUGUAUGAUGGGAUACAGCUUCCAGCUGUCUUCAGAGAGUGUCUGGACUACAUCGAGAGCUAUGGCAUGAAAUGUGAAGGCAUCUAUCGUGUCUCCGGUAUGAAGUCUAAAGUGGAUGAGCUGAAGGCAUCGUAUGACCGUGAGGAGUGUCCCUGUCUGGAGGAGUACGAUCCCCACACGGUGGCCAGCCUGCUGAAGCAGUAUCUGCGAGAGCUUCCCGAUAACCUGCUGGGUAAAGAUCUGGCCCCACGUUUCGAGGAGGCCUGCGGGCGGCCCAGCGAAGCAGAAAAACUGCAGGAGUUUCAAAGGCUUCUGGGAGAGGUACCUGCCGGGAACAGACUUCUGCUGGCCUGGCUCAUCACUCACAUGGACCACGUCAUCGCCCGUGAGCUCGAUACCAAGAUGAAUAUCCAGAAUAUCUCCAUCGUUCUCAAUCCUACUGUACAGAUCGGGAACCGUGUGCUGUAUGUGUUUUUCACUCACGUCCGUGAGCUGUUCGGUGAUGUAAUUUUAAAGCCGGUUGUCCGUCCUCUGCGCUGGUCAAACAUGGCUACCAUGCCCACCCUACCUGACACCCAAGAAAGCAUUAAGGAGGAGAUCCGCAGACAGGAGUUCUUGUUGAACCGUCUACACAGAGAUCUGCAGGCAGGUGUAAAGGAUCUGUCUAAGGAAGAGAGACUCUGGGAAGUGCAACGCAUCGUCACGGCUCUGAAACGCAAACUCCGCGAAGCCAAAAGACAGGAGUGUGAGACUAAAAUCGCACAGGAGAUCGCCAGCCUGUCCAAAGAGGACGUGUCAAAGGAGGAGAUGUGUGAGAAUGAAGAGGAGGUUAUUAAUCUUCUCCUGGCGCAGGAGAACGAGAUCCUAACAGAGCAGGAGGAGUUGAUUUCUUUGGAGCAGGUGCUACGCCGGCAGAUCGCCACAGAGAAAGAGGAGAUUGAACGACUGCGUGCAGAAAUCGCUGAUAUACAGAGCCGUCAGCAGGGACGCAGUGAGACAGAGGAAUAUUCAUCAGACAGUGAGAGCGAAAGUGAAGAUGAAGAAGAACUGCAGAUGAUUCUAGAAGAUCUGCAGAAACAAAAUGAAGAACUGGAGAAUAAAAACACUCAUCUGAAUCAGGCCAUCCACGAGGAACAGGAGGCCAUAUUGGAACUGCGCGUUCAGCUCCGCCUACUUCAGAGCCACAAACUGCAGCAGGAGCUCACAGCCCCACCCACAGCCGAGCAGGCGGAGCCUAGCCCAGAAGAACGAUCUAGAGCGGAUGAGCCAAUCAAGCGUGCCGCUGUAGUCCCUGUAGAUUCCACCGCUGCGGCCGCUGCUGCUCCAGCCAAUGGGAAGCCUGGAAAAGAUGCUAUGAAACCAUCACCAAGCAAAGACAAGAGGGAGGCCAACCUGUAAAGCAUCUCACCUUCUUCGCACCCCUUCAUCAGUUCACCUGCAUUCGUAUCCGUGCUUUUCUUCGUCAUGGGUUAAAGGCAGCACUCGGGGGCUGCCACCAUUUCAAAAGGUUAAGUGAGGUUUUUAUACUGGAUACGAAAGGAGGGGUUGUGAAAUGUUAAUGUCAGAAAGGAGGCCCGUUUGAAACCUAUUUCUAGUCGGACUGGAAUUAAAUGCAUUACAUUUACACAUCUGUCGUCUGUAUAUGAAGUUUAAGCUGAAAUGAAUGUCGGCACAAUCAGAUCUGUGUUUGAAUGCUUUAGGUAGUUCUCCUUUUUUAUAGUAUUAAGGAUUUUUGUUUAAAACCUUGGUGAAUUUCAGUGAGCCUGUUUAGGUCACAUAUUAAUCCAAAAAAUGAGAAAUUGUAUUUUGCAUAAAGAAAAUGAAGUCUGGAUUUACAUAUUACCUUUUAAACAUAUUUUUCACUUGCUUCAUUAUUUACCAUAAAGGAAAAUAAACAAUUAAUAAAUCAAUUAAAUUACUUCAAUAAUUUUUUUAAAAUGUUAUUGUAAUUGUGCAUUAUUACGUCCUAACAAUCUUCAUUUUCCUUAUGCAAAACCUUAAUUAUUUCACUUAAUAUAUGGUAGGGGUUAAAUGUGACCCCAGUGUAUUGCAAGGUAAAGCAUUUCAACAGGUAAAAAGAAGUCAGUAAAUCAGAAAAUUGACAUUCGGAGAUAAACAUUGCAAUCAUUUCACACUUCCACAGCUCGUUCUCUUCUUAUAGUUCAAAGACAUUAAGAUCAAGCUGAACUCAGUCCUGCAAAAUGAAGUUGUUUGGGUUCUGAAACCAUUGUGCCAUAGGUGACUGUGUGCGACCGCACAGAAGAAUUUAUCUGAAGAUGCUCUGGGACAUUGUAAUACAUCUAGAUUGUAUUUUUACCUGAGGAUAUUCUAAGGAAUCAGGUUUGAGCAUUUAUUAUAAAUUUCACUAUUUAAUAUUCAAUAAAUAUAUAUAAAAAAUAUACAUCUAUACUGUAACUGCACUGAAACGUGCAGAUGUGCACUUAUAGAACAAUAAAUAGUUGAUCGCCAUUCGUUGUGAAAUUGGUAACGUUUUUGUUCGUUUCCAUGUAAAUUUUCUUUUAAACUUCAAUGCAUAUGGUGAAGCACAUGAAUCACAUUUUUGAUGAUAACGUUUGAGGGGUAUUAUGGGAUGUUGUGAUAUAUGUAGGUCAGUUGUUAAUAUUUUACUGUGCAAAUCUCACUAGGAACGGUCAUAUUUUACUCCAAAAUAAUAAAAAUCGCUUGUAUUUUGAAUACAGAAAAUAAAGCCUGUUUCAGGUUUA